AUGGCGGCGCCGCUGGAGGAGUACGAGAAGGAGGCGGGCUGCGUCCCCAUCCUGCACCCGGAGGAAAUAAAACCUCAAAGCCAUUACAACCAUGGAUACAGUGAAUCUCUUGGACGGAAAAGCCACAUUGAUGAUUACAGCACCUGGGACAUUGUCAAAGCCACACAAUAUGGAAUAUACGAACGAUGUAGAGAGUUGGUGGAAGCUGGUUAUGAUGUUCGACAACCAGACAAAGAAAACGUAACGCUUCUCCACUGGGCUGCAAUCAACAACAGGAUAGAUCUGGUGAAAUACUAUAUAUCAAAAGGUGCUAUUGUUGAUCAGCUUGGGGGAGAUUUAAAUUCUACCCCACUUCACUGGGCAACAAGACAGGGUCACUUAUCCAUGGUGGUACAGCUGAUGAAAUAUGGGGCAGAUCCGUCGCUAAUUGAUGGAGAAGGAUGUAGCUGUAUUCAUUUGGCUGCCCAGUUUGGACAUACUUCGAUUGUUGCUUACCUGAUAGCAAAGGGACAGGAUGUUGAUAUGAUGGAUCAAAAUGGAAUGACACCUUUAAUGUGGGCUGCUUACAGAACACACAGUGUGGAUCCAACACGAUUACUACUUACAUUUAACGUUUCAGUUAAUCUGGGAGACAAAUAUCACAAAAACACAGCAUUGCACUGGGCUGUGCUAGCAGGAAAUACUACAGUUAUUAGUCUUCUUUUAGAAGCUGGAGCUAAUGUUGAUGCUCAAAAUAUUAAGGGAGAAUCACCACUUGAUCUUGCAAAACAGAGGAAGAAUGUUUGGAUGAUCAAUCAUUUACAAGAAGCAAGACAGGCAAAGGGGUAUGAUAGUCCAUCCUUUCUGAGAAAACUAAAAGCAGAUAAGGAAUUUCGUCAGAAGGUGAUGCUGGGAACUCCUUUCCUAGUUAUUUGGCUGGUUGGGUUUAUAGCAGACCUAGACAUUGAUUCUUGGCUCAUUAAAGGGCUGAUGUAUGGUGGCGUUUGGGCUAUGGUACAGUUUCUUUCAAAGUCAUUCUUUGAUCACUCCAUGCACAGUGCACUGCCUCUUGGAAUAUAUUUGGCAACAAAAUUCUGGAUGUAUGUGACAUGGUUCUUCUGGUUUUGGAAUGAUCUCAAUUUUUUCUUUAUACAUCUUCCGUUCCUUGCUAAUAGUGUUGCACUUUUCUACAAUUUUGGAAAAUCCUGGAAAUCUGAUCCAGGAAUCAUCAAAGCCACAGAAGAACAAAAGAAAAAGACAAUAGUAGAACUUGCAGAGACAGGAAGUCUGGACCUCAGUAUAUUCUGCAGUACCUGCUUGAUACGGAAGCCAGUGAGGUCCAAACACUGUGGUGUUUGCAAUCGAUGUAUAGCCAAGUUUGAUCACCACUGCCCCUGGGUGGGGAACUGUGUAGGAGCAGGGAACCAUCGCUAUUUUAUGGGAUACCUGUUCUUCCUGCUUUUUAUGAUCUGCUGGAUGAUCUACGGAUGUAUCUCUUACUGGGGUUUCCACUGUGAGACAAGUUACACAAAGGAUGGAUUUUGGACCUAUGUUACACAGAUUGCUACCUGUUCUCCAUGGAUGUUUUGGAUGUUUUUAAACAGUGUGUUUCACUUCAUGUGGGUGGCUGUGUUACUCAUGUGUCAGAUGUAUCAGAUAUCUUGCUUGGGUAUCACUACAAAUGAAAGGAUGAAUGCAAGAAGAUAUAAGCACUUUAAAGUUACAACCACAUCUAUUGAAAGCCCGUUCAACCAUGGAUGUAUAAGGAACAUUAUAGACUUCUUUGAAUUCAGAUGCUGUGGUCUUUUUCGGCCUGUUAUUGUGGACUGGACAAGGCAGUAUACAAUAGAAUAUGACCAAACUUCAGGAUCAGGCUACCAGCUAGUGUAGCACCACCUUCAUCCUGUGAGCAUAUCAUACUGAGUGGUGCCUGAAAAAUUUUCUCUCUCUCGACUCCGCAUCCCUUGAAGAGUAGCAUGCUAUGUGUAGGGCUGAUGAUGAAUCAUAAAGGUACCUUCUCUUCAUCAGAAUUUUAUUAACAAAAGUAAGAAUGGACAGAAUAAACUGCCAACCCUGAUAAGGAAGAGGAGGAAGAUCCAAAAGGGAUUUUAACAGUUCUUAACAUGAGAAUUAUUCAUGACAACAUAUUCACAGUAUUUGUUAUCAGGUUUUUUAUUUAAGGUCUUUCACAAAGGAGCAUGAGAUUAUUGAAGUAUUGACAUAAGUAGUUACAUUGUGCUGAGCAGAAAAAUUUGUAUCCCAAUAUCAGUAAUUCCACUGAAACAAGAAUCUAGAAUAUAAAGCUAAAUUUCCUGAUACAGAGUUCACUGAUCGCUAUGUUGUAGUUCCUGUAAUGUGAUUUUUUAAUACAGAUUUUCUGUAGCAAGAUGUUCAUUGAAAAAUGUGCUUUUCAGUACUGUUAAAAACAUCCUAUGGUGGGGAUCCGCUCUAACAUGUUAAGUUAUAGCAGUAGGGCACGAAAUGUUGAGUAAAUAUAUGUUGCCCACGUUUUUUGGUGAAUGUUUUUGCCACCAGUUAGUGGUACAACUAAAUAUUUGUAAUUACCCUGUUCUGAAAUAAUGUAGUCUGAAAUAAACAACUGCGCCAAUAAGGAAAGCUUUUCUGUCCAAGUUAAAGCCGUGCUUAAAUGCAUGAUACACCUGUGAAAUUAGUUUACAGUAUAUAAUGUUCAGGGGGGAAAAAAGUGGGGAAAAAAUAAUUAUCUUUGAAGUAAUUGUAUAAGCAACUUACAGACUAGCAAUGUUUUAGUAUUAGGUUUGACCCUCACGCACAGUGCAGUGUAUUUGGAGACAUGUUGGAAGGGAAAUUACAUGGGGGGAUACCACAGAUGUACAAGCAAAUGUCUCACUUAUAAAAAGACAGUUUUAAAUUGAAUGCAAUUGCAGCAGAAGAACCGAAAGUUGCCUGAAAUGCUUAUUUCAUUUGAAUGUGAAAUAAUGGAACCCAGACUUUUAACAAAAACAAAAAAUUAAGAAUCCCCAUAGCAGCACGUGCACACAGAAAAUGCAGAGCAGUGUUCUGAAGAAGAUGGUGUAUUGGCACGUGGAAAUCACCCUUAAUUUUUGUUUUUAAGUUCUCAUGCUACAGAUGUGUUUGGAAGGUUUUUGUAUUCUUUGAUGUCCACAAGAUUUUUUUCAAUUAACGUGUAAAACUGCAUCACUACAUUUUAAGCUGUGGAUUUUUUUGUAUAUUAUUUAUAACUGUGCCAAGUAUUAUUUUAAUACUGUCGAGAUCUUGAUGUGUAUUACAUUGUGAACAAAAAAAAAAUCUGUAAAAUGUUUAAUAAACUAGCU